UUCUUUUAACUUGCCAGUUAAGUAUAUAGAAAAUAUGGACAAUGGAGAAGUUGGAAGACAGGGAAUACUUUUGGCUUCUCAUUCCUCUCACUUACCCAUAUAAGUAAACUAGCUUAUGUUCAAGAAAUUAUUCCUUUUUCCAUUCAUUGCUAACCAAUAUGGCCAAUUGUAUUACCUUAUAUUUCUUGUUCCUUGCUAUCUUACUUACUCUAAAUCCAUUUAUUAUGGCUCAGUCAGAAACUUAUAUCAUCCAUAUGGACUUGUCAGCCAUGCCAACAGCUUUCUCUAGCCAUCAAAAUUGGUACUUGACCACUCUUGCUUCUGUAUCAGAUAGUUCAAGUCUUGGAACUGCAAGUAAUAGAAAUUCCCUUUCCUCAUCAAAAAUAGUUUAUGCUUACACUAAUGCCAUUCAUGGUUUUAGUGCAAGUCUUUCUUCUUCUGAGCUAGAAGUUAUCAAAAAUUCUCCAGGCUAUCUUUCUUCAACUAAGGACAUGACAGUUAAAAGUGACACGACACACACGUCUCAAUUCCUUGGCCUAAAUUCCAAUUCUGGUGUAUGGCCAAAGUCAGACUAUGGCAAAGAUGUUAUAGUUGGAUUAGUUGACACAGGGAUUUGGCCAGAGAGUAAAAGCUAUACUGAUAAUGGGAUGACUGAAGUUCCAUCAAGAUGGAAAGGAGAAUGCGAAAGUGGCACUCAAUUUAAUUCCUCUUUAUGCAACAAGAAACUCAUUGGUGCGCGUUACUUCAACAAAGGCCUAAUUGCUACCAAUCCGAAUAUUACCAUCUUGAUGAAUUCAGCUCGUGACACAGACGGGCAUGGAACUCACACAUCUUCUACAGCUGCAGGAAGUCAUGUAGAAUCUGUAUCUUAUUUUGGUUAUGCCCCUGGUGCUGCUACAGGGAUGGCACCAAAGGCUCAUGUGGCAAUGUACAAGGCUUUGUGGGAUGAGGGUACAAUGUUAUCUGACAUUCUGGCUGCAAUUGAUCAGGCAAUUGAGGAUGGAGUGGAUAUAUUAUCCUUGUCAUUAGGCAUAGAUGGUCGUGCGCUAUAUGAUGAUCCGGUAGCUAUUGCCACAUUUGCAGCAAUGGAGAAAGGUAUAUUUGUUUCCACUUCAGCAGGAAAUGAAGGGCCUGACGGUCAGACUUUGCACAACGGAACACCUUGGGUUCUCACUGUUGCUGCUGGCACAGUUGAUCGCGAAUUUAUCGGGACACUAACUCUAGGUAAUGGAGUUUCAGUCACUGGUUUAUCUCUCUACCCCGGGAAUUCAAGUUCAAGCGAAAGUUCCAUCGUUUUUCUCAAGACAUGCCUAGAGGAGAAGGAACUGGAGAAAAAUGCAAACAAAAUCGCCAUCUGCUAUGACACGAAUGGAUCAAUAAGUGACCAACUGUACAAUGUAAGAAACUCAAAAGUUGCUGGUGGUGUCUUCAUAACAAAUUACACAGACUUGGAAUUCUACCUCCAAAGCGAAUUCCCAGCUGUGUUUUUGAACUUUGAAGAUGGUGAUAAAGUUUUGGAGUACAUCAAGAAUAGUCAUUCACCUAAAGCAAGACUUGAAUUUCAAGUGACACAUCUUGGUACUAAACCAGCACCAAAAGUUGCUAGCUAUAGCUCAAGGGGACCAUCACAAAGCUGCCCCUUUAUCCUCAAGCCUGACCUGAUGGCUCCUGGAGCCUUAAUAUUAGCUUCAUGGCCUCAAAAAUCACCCGCAACUAAAAUUAACUCGGGAGAGCUUUUCAGUAACUUCAACAUCAUAUCCGGUACGUCAAUGUCAUGCCCUCAUGCUGCUGGUGUAGCUUCACUUUUGAAAGGAGCACACCCCAAAUGGAGCCCUGCUGCCAUCCGGUCGGCCAUGAUGACCACAGCCGACGCAUUGGACAACACGCAAAGGCCCAUCCGAGACAUCGGUCGCAACAAUAAUGCUGCCAGUCCCCUAGCCAUGGGAGCUGGCCAUAUCAAUCCAAAUAAGGCACUAGACCCUGGACUUAUCUAUGACAUUACAUCACAGGACUAUAUCAAUCUCCUCUGUGCUCUAGAUUUUACAUCUCAACAGAUAAAAGCCAUUACAAGGUCCUCUGCUUAUUCUUGUUCCAACCCAUCAUUGGACUUAAACUAUCCAUCAUUCAUAGGCUAUUUCAAUUAUAACAGCAGUAAGUCAGAUCCUAAAAGGAUACAAGAAUUCCAGAGGACAGUGACUAAUGUAGGAGAUGGUAUGUCUGUUUAUACAGCCAAAUUGACCUCAAUGGAUGAAUAUAAAGUUAGUGUUGCACCUGACAAGUUGGUUUUCAAAGAGAAGUAUGAAAAGCAAAGCUACAAGCUAAGGAUAGAAGGUCCAUUGCUAGUAGAUAAUUAUCUUGUUUAUGGUUCUUUGAGCUGGGUGGAAACUAGCGGUAAAUAUGUAGUAAAAAGUCCCAUUGUCGCCACUACCAUAGGAGUGGAUCCUCUGUGAGGACAGAACUGAUUAUAAGUCCUGUAUUCUGAAAAUGUGAUACAGUAAUGAAUAAUUGUGAAGUAAAAUUAAAUAUAUUUUCUUUUCAGUUAGUAAAAA